UUCUUCUUCAUUCUUUCGUUGUCUCUUCGCUUGGUUUGAGUUUCUCCAAUUUCAUCCAUUGUUUUUCUCUCCUUCUUUCAUUCAUCAAUCGUCUCUUUGCACGCUCUCUCCUUCUUCAUCUCGUUGUAACUCCUUCUAACAAUUAACUCACAGUCUUGGCCUGGCUUUCGUUCAUCGAUUAACAAUCGCUCAAUUAAUAAUAGGAGGAUUUAAGGAGCUCCGUGACAAUUGUAAUUGAGGAUUUGAGGCAUCUCGAGCAGCAAGGUUUACUGUAAUUGUCAAUCAACAGGAGAUAGAACACCGGCUCCGACUGAGGGGACAUCGGUGUUAACGUUGGUUUUGGCAGUGUUCCUUAUUGUCUUCUUUUCGCCGUAAGAAAGAAAUCAAAGCAGAAGCUGCUUUUCUGAAAUAGUGCAAUCAUCAUCUUCCAACAGACAUGAACAAGAAGAUUGACAUGCUAGCUACAGCACUUGAGUGAAAGUCAAUUGAGUAUGACUCCACAUUUAGGUGCUCACGAACAAUGCAGCAUUUGGACAACCAACUUUGGUGACUGCCUUGAAAGCAGCAGGAAAAACUGCUCUUAAUUUCAAUUUCCGCACUUUAACCAAAUGGCAUCUGAGCCACAACUUGACCUAGAUUUCCACAUGGUGAGGCGUGUACAAGGUGUUUGAAAAAAGUCCCAAAAGAAAGGCUGUACUGGAUCGAUUAUGGGUACCGAAUUUCUUUUGGGGGGCAACAAUUGUGAUGGCUGGGACAUGUUCGGCAACAGUCCUUAUAGCGUGUUGGCCGUGGUGACUGCGCAACAGACGCGACAAUGCUAUUAAUUAUGUUCGAGGAGACAUUAAUAAUGGAGCUUUCCAAUGGGGUGACAGUGGACCAUAACAGCCCACCAAUCCGAGAAUACACACCACUUCAAGUUAAGUCAGACUUUGCUUUUCAGACAAAGCGCAUUCAAAGUGAGCCAUUUCAAAAAGUCGUAAGUGGGAUUGAAAAAGCAUUGCAUUCUAGAAUUGUAGGCCUCACUUGUCCUUUUUUUACUUGGAUCUUUUUUAUCUUUGCAUUAUUGAUAUAUAUAUAUAUAUAGAUAGAUGGAUUUUUUUUUUUUUUUUCUGUUAUCGUAAUUUAAAUACAGCAUAUACCAAAACAUGUGAAUUUCACCUUCUAUAUAUCAUUCCUACGGAAUUAAGAAGAAGUAGAGAAUUCCUUACUCUAGCUUAUUUUGCAUGAAUCAAUUUAAUGUCAAAACACGUGGCACUCAGACAAUUGCCCACUUGGCAGGAAAAGAAAGGUUAUUACCACCCCACCCNCCCCCCCCCCGAGCCCCAACUUGAUAGAAUAGGUGUCCACGUCAUACCACAAGACAUCUUUUCAUCAUCUAUAUAAGGAACAUCAGAAGUUCAUACUUCCGUCCAUAACCAAUUAUACACUCUCAAAAGCCUCCUAAUUUAAUUUCUGCAUCGACCCCGUUCUAUGAGGAGAAAAAGAAUGCCUAUUAACCUAGAUCAAAUUCCAAGUUUUGAAGAGCAUGGUAAUGGGUUUGAUCAACAUUCUGUGUUGGUUGAGGAGAUUGAAGGCCUCAUUAGAGUUUACGGAAAUGGGUAUGUGGAAAGGCCCCAGAUAGUUCCCAGUGUCUCUAAUGCAUUGCCACCAGAGCUUGGUGUUACUUCUUGGGAUGUAGUUGUGGAUAAGCUGAACAACAUUUGGGCACGUUUCUACAUUCCAACACAGUGCCAGGAGAAGCUGCCUUUGCUUGUAUAUUUCCAUGGAGGUGGGUUUUGUGUCGGCUCGGCCAGUUGGAGUUGCUACCAUGAGUUCCUGGCCAAGCUAUCUGCAAAAGCUGACUGUAUAAUUAUGUCUGUGAAUUAUCGUUUGGCUCCAGAAAACCCUCUUCCUGCUCCUUAUGAAGACGGAUUAAAGACCCUUCAAUGGUUGAAACAAGUUGCCUUUAAUGGGGCCAAGCAGAAUUGGUGGUCAAGAUACUGCGACUUUACCAAAAUCUACCUUGGAGGUGAUAGUGCCGGUGGCAACAUAGCCUUCAAUGUAGCAGCCAGACUUGGUGGCAAGACGACUGCUUCUGGAGCUGUGGUCAUGAAACCGUUAGUUAUUAAAGGUAACAUUUUGAUUCAGCCAUUCUUCGGUGGAGAGUCAAGGACCAAGUCAGAAAAGUUUCUUGUCCAACCUCCUCAUUCGCCACUGACGACGGCAGUUUCUGAUACGUACUGGCGGUUGGCAUUGCCUUCCAGGGCGAACCGUGACCAUCCAUGGUGCAACCCUUCGGCAAAUGGAGUGUUUGAGGUUGAGGAUUUGAGGGUUUUGCCUAGUUUGAUAUGUAUAUCAGAAAUGGACAUAUUGAAAGAUAGGAGCUUGGAGUUUUGCUCUGCUUUACAUAGAGUGGGUAAGCUGAUCAAUUAUGUGGUCUAUGAAGGAGUUGGCCAUGCGUUUCAGGUUCUGAACAAGUCACAACUCUCUCAAACUCGGACCCUUGAAAUGAUGGAUCAUAUCAAGGAUUUCUUAAGUGUAUAGCUUCAUUUGAAUUUGUACAAAAGGAAGACUUUUUUCAGAUUUUGUUUUCCCUCAAAGAAAAGAGAGCGAGCAUUCUCAUCAGAUUUAUCACUACCCACUUAAUAUUUACUUAUAUACCUCAAAGGAGAUUGCUGUACACAAUUUGGAAUGUCCUAUGUGAAUAUAGAUUAUCUCUUCCCUGACUCACACCCUUCAAAAUUUUUCAAAGAUGUUCAAAGAUGGAAGUGAAAGGGAAAUACUCAAGUUAGCUCUUACGAUAAAGACAAUAUUUUAAAGAAGUGUCGAACAGUUAGCCCACUUCUUCUACUCUUCUUGUCAUAGUAACCGCCAUCUCAAUCUUAUUAAGUGAGACUCUACUCUCAAGAAUCGGUCUGAUUGGUGAAAAAUUUCACUCACCGUUCUUGAGCUCUUCUGUACUUUUCUUAAGCUCUCUUGUCUUCUUCGGCAGCAAACUUUUAAGGCAGCAAUGAAAUUGUCUCUCCUUUUUUCGUCUCUAAUCUCAGCCUUUUUAGAUACUCUACUGGAAAGAAGCCUUACACUUUGGGAGAGGGACUGACUCUACAUUAGUGGAUGGCUGAUGGGACGCUAAGGGUGAAUGAUGAAGUGAAAGUAAGGACAAAUUUAGGGCCCUCACUUCCCGAAAGGAUAAGUGCCAACUUUACGACAAUGGAUAUUGGUUGGGGGGCCAAAUUCACCCCAUUCCUUUUAGUCUUUGAUGAUGCACAUUGGUGGCCUGGCGCUUGCUUUUUUCAUGUGUAGAGAGCUAGCCGUUGUAAGAGUUAACGUCUUUUGUUUUUCUUUUUCUUUUAUCUUCUAUCUUUUUUUUGUUAGUUUUGAUAAGAUUAAAUCGUAAUUUUAGUUCUUAAAUUUCCUUGGUUAUAUGUAUUGAGUUCCUAAAUCCUGUAGUUAUAUCCAU